AUGUCCAGCGGCUCCACCAAGACCGCCAACGAGCCUGUUCUCGGCGCCUUCCGCAUCACCGGCGGUCGGUCCUUCUACGAGGCGCAGUCGGUCGAGAUCAUCGACCAGCUCGUCCUCCCGCACACCGUGCGGUGGGAGACGGUCGACACGAUUGCCGGCGCCUUCGACGCGAUCAAGACGAUGAAGAUCCGCGGCGCACCCGCCAUCGCCUCGCUCGCCGCCCUCGGCAUCGCCGCCGAGCUCCUCGCCCUCCUCAACAACCGUGCUUCGCCCUCUUUCUCGCCCGAAACCCUCUCUUCCCCUGCCGCGACCCUCCUCGCCGCCCUCCUCGACCGUACCGCCUACCUCCUCACCUCGCGCCCGACCGCCGUCAACCUGCGCGAGGCGCUCACCCGCAUCGAGGGUGCCGCUCGUGAGGAGGCCGCACGGCAAGGUGCGACGGCCGAGAGCCUCGCAAGGAAGGUCGUCGAUGUCGCGGUCGGUGUCUGGGUCGAGGACAAGGAGCGGUGCGAGCGGAUCGGCAACAACGGCGCGAGGUGGAUCCUCGAGAAGCUCGAGCGCGAGGGGACGAUUGAGCAGGGCGAGAAGAUCUCGGUCCUCACGGUCUGCAACACCGGCUCGCUCGCGACCUCGGGCUACGGCACCGCCAUCGGCGUCAUCACCUCGCUUCACCUCCAAUGUCGCCUCGAGCACGCCUACUUCGCGCAGACCGGGCCGUACCAGCAGGGCGCGCGCCUCACGGCCGUCGAGAUGGCCAGCCUCGGCGCGCCCAACACGAUGAUCUGCGACACGGCCAUCGGCGCACUACUCGGUGAGAAGAAGGUGCACCUCUUUGUCGCCGGCGCAGACCGCAUCGCCGCCAACGGCGACACGGCCAACAAGAUCUCGACCUACCAGAUCUCGCUCCUCGCGCACCACCCGCACCCGUACUCGCCCAACCGCCCCGUCCCCGUCCUCGUCGCCGCACCCCUCACGACCCUCGACCUCACGAUGGCGUCGGGCCGCGAGAUCGAGAUCGAGCAGCGCCCCUCGUGGGAGGCGUGCACCGUCCGAGGCCGCGUCGAGCCGGCCAAGGAGGGCGAGGAGGUCGACGUCCAGACGGUCCUCAUCACGCCACCGGGCACGACGGCGUGGAACCCGGCGUUCGACGUGACGCCGGCGAGCCUCAUCGAGGGCAUCGUCACCGAGGUGGGCGUGGCCGAGAAGGGCGACGCGCACGAGUACGACCUGAGGCGGUUCGUCGAGGAGGCGACCAAGGCGCAGGCGUAGAGAGUCGGCGCGCACGUGCAGCGACGAGCUCGUCAUUCUUCUGCGUCGC